AUGUAUAAUGCAAGUAUAGAAACUCUUUCAGCUAUAUUACUUUCUGACAAUUCUCUAAUAGGCUUUGAACAAUCUCCAAUUGUUCUCCCAUGGUCUAAGUUAGAAGUUUUAUUACUUGAACGUAAUAGGCUGCAAGGAUCACUCCCCAUUCCACAAUCAUCUAUCAAGAUUUAUCAAGUCCAGUGGAACUUGAUAAGAGAAAUGUCGCCAUUGAUUUGCAGUUUGAGUUCACUUCGUAUACUUGAUUUAUCGUAUAACAACUUGUCUGGUAUGCUUCAUCCGUGUUUAGUAAACUUCAAUUCUUUGUUAUUUCUUAAACUGCGAAGAAACAACUUCAGUGGUACCAUCCCAAAUACAUGGGCAAAGGGAAGCAAGUUAAGCUUGAUUGACUUAAGUGAGAACCAAUUCCAAGGUCAGCUACCAAGAUCCAUGGCAAACUGUACGCUGCUAGAAUAUCUUCAUGUUGGUAACAAUCAAAUGAAUGACACAUUUCCCUUCUGGUUGGGAACUCUUUCUCAGUUGAAGGUUCUUGUCCUUCGUUCUAAUGGAUUUCAUGGUCGAAUAAAGAGUCCUGAAACCAAUUAUACAUUCCCCGAGUUGCAUAUCCUUGAUCUCUCUCAUAAUAGUUUCUCUGGAAAUAUGCCUGCGGAGUAUUUCCUACAUUGGAAUGCCAUGAAAGUUGUUGGUGAAAAAAGGUCGAAAUACAUGGAUUUAUCUUUUGGUGGAUACGGGUCGGCUUCAAAUGUCCAAUACACAAUUAAAAUGACAAACAAAGGCGUAGAUUUGGAGUACGAGAAACUCCAAAAUGCGCUCACGGUCAUUGAUUUCUCAAGCAAUAGAUUUAGAGGAGAAAUUCCAGAACUUGUGGGGAGUCUUGAAGGACUUCAUUUGUUAAAUUUUUCCAAUAAUGUUCUCACUGGUCAUAUCCCAUCAUCUUUAGGGAACUUGGCGGAUAUAGAAUCAAUGGACCUUUCCCAAAACAAUUUGCUUGGAGAGAUACCUCAACAACUAGUACAACUCUUUUUCCUUGCAUCCUUUAAUGUUUCCAACAAUCGUCUCACAGGACCUAUACCACAUGGAAAUCAAUUUGACACAUUUCAGAAUAGUUCAUUUGGGGGUAAUGUAGGACUGUGUGGGAACCCUUUAUCAAAGAAAUGUGGAGGUUACAAGUACACUCCAACCUCACCUUCUCCCUUUGAAGAGAGUCAAAACUCAGGGUCCCCAUUUGAAUUUGGUUGGAAAGUAGUUGUCAUAGGGUAUGGAUGUGGAUUUGUAAUAGGAGUUGUUAUUGGGCAAAUUCUGAUUACAAGGAAAUAUGAUUGGUUUGUGAAGAUUUUUGGAAGGAUGUAG